AUUCACUUCUUUUUGUGGCGUUGGUGCUUGAAAACGUUUCCCCAACAGUUCUAAAAAAGCGAACAAAAAGUGUACCGUGUGUGUAUAACGUGCAAUUGCUUUUCGUUAGUCAGAUUCCUCUUUCCCGAGAUGAUUUACGUUUCACUCAUAAUGGCGUAAAGUGUGGUAAUGGGAUGACCAAAUGUUUCCCUGUGUUGUGAAGGUUCCUCGGCUAAAAACGAUCCUGUGCCGCACCAAAGACCAAAAGAUAACUUGCUCGGCUUGAACUAGAACAAGCAGUGAUUGAAUGAGCGUAGUAUUUAGAUAUUGUGUGGGAACAGUGUGAUUACGGAGCAUUCCAACUGCACCUACCGUAGGGGGUAUUAGUUUAGUGGCGUAAGAAAAGUGGGUGAAAAAUCUGUUGCCGUUAACGAAAACAAACAGCUUCCCACGAUGGAGGAGCUCGGCGUAGUCGAUUGCCCUCCGACACCGGAAAUACUUCCCGUCUCGAGCACACCGCCAGCGCGUCACGAGAUCACGUACAGCUCAUCCUCGGAAGAUCCGGACGAGUCGGCGGAUGGUCGCCGUUCACCGCCGCCCAAGUGCGCCAUCUGCCUGGGCAAGUGUCGCCAGCCGUCGUACACCAAUUCCUGUAGUCACCGAUUUUGCUUCCAGUGUUUGUGGGAGUGGAGCAAGGUCAAACCGGAGUGUCCGCUGUGCAAGCAGUCGUUCAUCGAGAUCGCCUACCGCAACCGUGUGGACAGCCAGCCGCUUAUAACUCCGGUGCCCCGCCCGACGGACGAGCAGCGCCACGAAAUCUACCAGCAGCAGCUGAACUUUCUCCUCACCGAGCGAGCUCCUCACCGCUUCCUUUACAGCACGUCGAUUCGUAUGCGGCCGAGCCAGAGCGAGCUGCUGCAGGAGCUAUUUAUGCAUCAGUCCAACGACGUGCAGCGAUUUGUCCGUGAGUUCGGCAACCAGCCGAUCCCGUCGCGUCUCAAUACCAUCGAAUGGAGGCGGUUCAUUUACGUGCAGCGACUUUUCGCUCGUCCCCUGCCCGACAUCAACGGCUGCUUCCGCGAUACAUCGGCUAGCUAUUAUCAGAACAAUUCGGCACAACUUAACCGCAUACUGCCGUGGGCCGACCGGGAGCUGUUUGCGAUAAGCGUACCUCGGUCCGGGAUACACGUGAUCACGAUGAUGCAGGAAACCGAUGUCGAGUCGCAGAGCUUUCUGGACGGGUUGAACCACAUCUUACCGCUCCAGUACCGGGCACACUUCCAGCACGAGCUGGUAAACUUUGCCCGCUCGCCUUUCGACAUGAUCGGUUACGAUCGGUGCGUCCAGUAUGAUCCCCCGUUCAGCGUUCGGCUCAGCCUACCGACGAGUCCACGGAACGUCGUCAUCUCGUCCUCGGAACCAGACGAUGACGAGAUAGUCUACCUACCAUCGCCUCCAGGGCCUGCUCCUGCCUCCGCCGGUAGCAGUAGCAACAACAACAGCAACCACAGCACCAGCCAUAGCAACGGGUCACAAGGUAGCGUCAGCAGCCGACGCGUCGGACGCACACAGUUCCACAUCGAAGCACGUUCGUCCGUUCAAACGGUCAUCAUGACCGGAACGUUGCGUGAGUCGGGCGCUUCGGCUGGCGCUUCGGAUGGGACGGUCCCGCUGGCAACGACUGGCACCCAAACGGCGCAGGUGAUCGAAGUAAACGAUGAUGCGCCGCCACCAACAGCUCAAACCGCGCCCACACUGAUGCACCGUCCCGGAACGUACACGCUGCGCGACGGCGACAACAUCGAGCUCUCGUCCAGCGACUCCGACGAGUGUCAGUUCGUGCGGGAACAAAAACCGCCUCACCUGCGUACGCCCGAUCACGUGGUUGAUCUCGAGUCGGCCAGCGACAGUGACGUGGUGUUCGUGGACGAAGCCAGUACCAUUCCGGCACCGAAAGUUUCCUCGGCGGAAGGCGGAGCUGCAGGUGCUGCUGGUACUGCAUCGCAAACGAGCCAACAGGAUGCGCUGAAGAAGGAAACAUCGACCGGGUGCCUCGAGUACAACCAGGGUGCAUCGACCAGCUCGGGGUACUGCGGUGGAAUGAGCGGGGGAAGUGGUGCGAGCGGAAGCGGCACGACGGUUGGACUGCGGCCGAGACACUACGCUAUGCCAUCGCUCAAUCGUUACGCAGGCGGCAUCGGAAUGAAGAGCAUCUAUGAGGCGAGCGAUACGGACGACGACAGCGAUGGAGAGGGAGUGUUGGGGUCGGCUUACAAAGGCUCGUCUGAGAGUAGCUCGGCGAGCUCAUCGCACGAGGAGUUCCGAUUUAGGAGCGUCCAUCAGCAACCUUCGCGCGGGAGAAAGCGGAAACGGCUCGUCAAAAGAGUGGCCGCUCCGCCCAAGCAAAGGGGAAAGAAGGAACUGCGCGAUCGAGCAAAGGAUGUCAGUAGCGACAGUAGCAUUGCCAGUGGUAGUAGUGCUACCAGUAGCAGCUCCAGAAGCAGCAGCAGUAGUAGCAGCAGUAGCAGCACUAAUAGUAGUUCCAGUAGAAGCAGCAGUACCAGCUCUACUAACAGCAGUAGCAGCAGCAGCUCCAGCACCAGCAGCAGCAGUAGCACCAACAGCAGUCUGCCCUCGGAGGCUGUAAAACCAGCGAAACGCAGAAAGCGUCAAACGAGUAGCAACCCAAAGGCCGCGGCGAAGGGGGCAAAGUCUAAGAAGGCUCGAAAAAGCAAACAGCCGACCGGAGCAAGCGCUAAACUUCCCAAGGAUGUCGCACCGGACGUGGGUGUGAAAUCGAACCGUCGCAAUAGGUCACAGCAGCCGCCCCGUACCCCGGUGACUGGCAACAGCAAAGCCAGCACAAAAGCUAGUUCCAAAGGCACGAAGCGCAGGAAAACGAAGGCCAAAACUUCCGACACUCGAACUCGAGGCGGCAAACGGACAAAGCGUAGUGCAAAGAUGGAAGCGGAAGUCCACCAAGCGUCCCCGGUGGUGGAGACACAGCGACGAGCGGCACGUGAUCACUAUUUCGUCGAAACGCGCCCUUCCUGUUCCCCGACCGAGGAAGCGGACAAUAGGACACGCCGUCUAAAGAGUGUCAUCAUAAAGCGUUGCCAUUACAACCGGAAACCAAACACGGCAACGACAACCACAACGACGACGACGACGACGAUGACAACGACGACGACGACGGUGGGGUUUGAGGAGGAACCAACGCAGCGAACAUCUUCCACCGUACCGGUCGAUGUGAAAAUCUCCAUCCGGAUACCCGCGACGGUGGAAGCCACACUCAAUCCAGAACCUUCCACCUCAGGACUUCCACUUCCCGUUGCCCAAUCGGUGGAUGAGGCCACCGACAGACGGCAGGAAACGGCCGCAACGUUACUGCAGCUCUCCUCGCCCGCGUCCGAUUCGGGCUCAGAAACGGCCGAACUGGACGAGCGUGUUUGGGACAUUUUAAAGCUCCCCUUGGAUAUCGUUCCCUCCGCAAGCGCACCGGAACGCAAUCCGAUGAUGUCGGCGGUACAAGCAGAGCAGCAUCCCACAGAUGGCCCAGAGGAAACUCUCCAAACGCAACAAUCAACCGAAGACGACCACCAACAACCGUUUCCACUGGACGACGGCGGUGGGAUUUUGAUGGAAGAGGAAAGCAAUUCCAUCGCUUCCGAAUCCCUCUUCGUACCGGAGGUCAGCUGGGAACUGGGAACGGGUGAGGCGACGACGCAUGUUCACGACGGUGCCUCGAGUUCGCACGAGCCACCACUAGCGACGGCCAUCGCCGAGGACCGGCUGUCGUCGGCUGGCGCCUCACCGUUUUCUUCGGUUUCGUUCCCACCAUCGACGGCAUCGUUUUCUACCUCGCCCACACUUUCGCUGGCCGUCCCGACCCGGCCGGCGUCCCCCGUCGAGCUGCUCGAUGUGGUCGGUACGAUAGACAGCGAAUCGCCCCUGCCCUCGUCCGUCGUCGAUAUCGGUACGAUCGAUGGAACGAUAGACGACAUUAUGGCAACGGAAGAGGUUUCGGCCAUCGAGGAGACGCCCGCAGCGUCCGACGCACUGCCCGAUGGGUGCGUGUUGGAAGCGAUACCAGAGGCCAGUGCUGGCACUGAGACGGUCGGAGCCGAGGUGGAGCUGUGAGACUUGUUGCGCGUAAUCGAUUUUAUCGAUUGGUAGUAAAUGACCCCAAGCGAGCGCACACGCACGAUGUUACUUCCAAUGCCCCAAUGCACAGGAAAGAGCAUGCCCAAUACCGUAUUUGUAUAUAAGGAAUAGUAAUAAUAGCAUGUCUUAGAAGUAAUAGUACCAGGAAUUGGGCUCGAGAUUUUUUAAAUUAAAUUCGAAAGCUGUCACAAAGGAUGGCAAAUUUUUGCAUACUUUUUUUUCGCAUCCCUUUCCCUUCUGUCACAACAAUCCACUUUGGACCGCUUGGGCAAUGGCCGUCGUCAGGUGGGCUCGUAAUAACUGGCAGCAGCUCCCAAGGUACACUUCGUUUGUAGCUAUUGCUGUAUACCCACUAUCCGUUGGGUUCGAUACCCUCUUGCCCCCGGUGUACAUCAGAAUGGACUAAGCAAAUCAAACUGUACAUAUAACCGUUUAUGUAGUAUUAAGACUUGUCCGGUAAACUAGAUUUUAUUUCUGACUAUACAUAUGUAAGAGUAAAAAACGAUCAAUUGAGAAAAAGUUAAAAAAAAGAAAAAAAAAUAUCCAAACGAACAAUUUUCCGUAACAAAUGAAAAUUCUACCGACAAAAAAAACGACAGGCGCUCUUGAAGAUGGCAGGAAGGGCUAGGGGAAAAGAAUUAAUUCCGUACCGAAUACCGGUACGGUCCGUUCGCGCCAAACAUUCUGGUUUGUGUGCAUUGCAACUGUGUAAUGUCGUGAAAUGAUUAUUAAUAUAUUUUUGCCCCUAAUCGGUUGAUUGCA